AUGAGGGCUCGAUCACAGAGUUGGUUGAUAAGAACUCGACAUCUACUCGACAGUGAGAAUCCUAAAACACCACAUAUCUUGUCAGUUGCCCUUUACGUGCUUUCGAUUAUUUUAUUGUUCAUCACGUUUCCAUUUUGCCUGCCAUUCUGCCUGAAAGUUGCCAGGGAGUAUGAACGGGCCGUUGUGUUACGGUUGGGAAGACUUAUCGAAGGUGGUACAAAGGGACCUGGUCUUUUCUUUAUUAUGCCAUGCAUCGACACAUUUCGCAUCGUAGAUCUACGAGUGCUAUCGUUUGAUGUGCCCCCUCAAGAGAUUCUGAGCCGUGAUUCCGUCACUGUGUCUGUGGAAGCGGUUAUCUAUUUUCGCGUUAACAAUCCUGUCAUAUCAGUCACCAAUGUCAAUGAUGCACAAUUCAGUACAAAACUAUUGGCGCAAACAACGCUCAGAAACGUAUUAGGUACAAGAACGCUCAGUGAAAUGUUAUCCGAGAGAGAUAGCAUUGCUAAUGUAAUUGAAAAAGUUCUCGAAGAGGGAACAGAUCCGUGGGGUGUUCAAGUGCAAAGAGUCGAAAUAAAAGAUAUUCGACUGCCACAUCAAUUGAUGCGUUCUAUGGCUGCUGAAGCAGAAGCAGCACGAGAUGCCCGAGCACUCGUUAUUCAUGCUGAUGGUGAACGAAACGCGUCAAGAUCUCUGGCGGAAGCGGCUGCAGUCAUCUCAGGAAGUAGCGUAUCACUACAACUUCGGUAUCUGCAAACGUUAACUAACGUCGCUUCAGAACAUAACUCAACAAUUGUUGUCCCAGUGCCUAUGGAAAUUGCAAGAUAUUACAUGCGCAAAAUAGCCAAGAAUAAAUAA